UUUUCUUCUUAUUAUUUUUUCCCUUUGCAAGCUCCGUGUUCUUCAACUUCACAAGUUUCAAUCCAAACAUGGCAGAUAUAUCCUUCCAGGGCGAUUCUUUUCCUUCUAAUAAUGUUCUUCAACUCACAAAGAAUGCAAUAGAUGACAACCUCAUGAGCAGCGUCGGGCGCGCUUCUUACAAGUAUCCCGUAAGAAUUUGGGAUGCUAAAACAAGAAAGCUUACAGAUUUCACUACCCAUUUCUCUUUUAUCAUGAAAGCUGUUGAUCCUAAUCGGGUUGGUGAUGGUAUCUCUUUUUUCAUGGCACCGUUUAAUUCUGAGAUUCCGAAUAAUUCCAGCGGUGGAUUUCUUGCCUUAUUUAGUCCUGACUCUGCUUUUGGCGCUUUAAAAAAGAAUCAAAUUGUUGCAGUUGAGUUUGAUAGUUUUGAAAAUACAUGGGAUCCAAGUGAUGAUCAUGUUGGUAUAAUUGUUAAUUCAAUUGUAUCUGUUACUAAUGUUACUUGGAAAAGUAGCAUUAAAAAUGGAUCCAAGGCUAAUGCAUGGGUAAGUUAUAAUUCCACUACUAGAAAUUUGAGUGUUUUUCUAUCUUAUGCAGAAAAUCCCAAGUUCAGUGGUAAUUCUAGUCUUUCUUAUAUUGUUGAUUUGAGGGAUUUUUUGCCUGAAUGGGUUAGAAUAGGUUUCUCUGCUUCUACAGGCAGAUGGGUUGAAACACAUAAUAUUCUCUCUUGGGAUUUUGAUUCCAACCUGGAAAUUAAUAAAAAACCCAAAGAAAAAAAAGGAUUGAUUGUUGGUUUGGCUGGGGGUUUGGGACUAUUAGGCUGUGGGUUAUGUUUGUUAGGUUUUUUCUGUUGGAAAAAAUGGUAUCGAAAUAGAAAUGAAGAUGAAGGUGAAGAUGUUAUGGAUGAUGAAUUUGAAAAAGGAACUGGGCCAAAAAGGUUCACAUACCGCGAACUCAGUCGUGCAACCAAUAGUUUUUCCGAGGGAGGAAAGCUAGGAGAAGGAGGAUUCGGAGGUGUAUACAGAGGAUUAUUGACUGAAUCUAAUACACCCGUCGCGGUUAAAAAGGUCUCGAAAGGGUCAAGGCAGGGUAAAAAAGAAUACAUAUCAGAAGUAAAGAUAAUUAGUCGAUUGAGACAUAGAAAUUUAGUUCAACUAAUUGGUUGGUGCCAUGAAAAAAGGGAGUUCCUUCUUGUAUAUGAGUUCAUGCCUAACGGAAGCCUCGAUUCACAUCUUUUCGGAAGAUCAACAACAAUUUUAACUUGGAGUAUAAGAUAUAAAAUUGCUUUAGGAUUAGCUUCAGCUCUACUAUAUCUUCAUGAAGAAUGGGAACAAUGUGUAGUGCAUAGAGAUAUAAAAUCAAGCAAUUUAAUGUUGGAUUCAAAUUUUAAUGCUAAACUUGGUGAUUUUGGUCUGGCAAGACUCGUAGACCAUGAGUUAGGUUCACAAACAACAGUUUUGGCUGGCACAAUGGGAUAUUUAGCUCCAGAAUGCGUCACAACAGGCAAAGCAAGUAAAGAAUCAGAUGUGUACAGCUUCGGAGUCGUGGCUCUCGAAAUCACCUGUGGAAGAAGACCAGUAGAUGCAAAGCAAGAAGCUAAUAAGGUAAGGUUAGUUGAAUGGGUAUGGGACUUAUAUGGAAAAGGGCAAAUUAUUGAAGCUAUGGAUAAAAGAUUAAGAGAAGAAUUUGAUGAAAGGCAAUUAGAAUGUUUAAUGAUCGUUGGAUUAUGGUGUUGCCAUCCUGAUUUUAAUCUCAGGCCAUCAAUUAGGCAAGUGAUUAAUAUUCUUAAUUUUGAAGCUCCAUUGCCAAAUCUUCCGUCGAAGUUGCCUGUGCCAAUGUACUAUGCACCUCCCAUGAAUAUCUGUAGGUUUUCUUAUACAACUUAA